GUACGUCCUCGAAACAAUGAACCAAGCUGCCACAAUGGAGGCGGCGCAACCAUGUCGCCGCUCUCUUCCGCUCCUCCUGCUCGCCUCCACCUGGCUCUUCCUCCUCAGCGACGGCGGCGGCAGCACCCCGCCGCCGCUGCGCCGUGCAGACGACGCCCUCCACCCGGUCGUGCUGCUGCCGGGCUACACCUGCAGCCAGAUCGACGCGAGGCUCGGCGAGGACUACGAGCCGCCGCCGCCGCCGACGGCGGGCUGCGCCGCCGCGCGCGACGGGAAGAAGCGGUGGUUCCGGCUAUGGGAGAACGGCACCGCGCUGGGGGAACCCAGAGCGGCGCCGUGCUACGCGGACCAGCUGCGGCUGGUGUACGACGCCGGCCGCGGCGACUACCGGAACGUCGCCGGCGUCCGGACCCGCGUCGUGUCGUUCGGCACCACCCGCGGCUUCGGCAACCACUUAGGAAAAGAUAAUUGUAUGGCCAAGGUAGUGAGGGCACUGGAAGGGGUUGGCUACAAGGAAGGAGUGAAUCUCUUCGGCGCACCGUACGACUUCCGCUACGCGCCGGCGCCGCCGGGCAAGAACGCCACGGUGUUCUCCUCGUUCGUCGCCGACCUCAGGCGGCUUCUCGAGCAUGCGAGCAGGAAGAACGGCGGCAAGCCGGCCAUCCUCGUGACGCACAGCUUCGGCGGCGUCAUGGCCGUGGAGUUCCUCACGCGGAGCACGGCGCAUGUCAAGCACCUGGUGAUGACCUCCACCGGCGCCGGCGGGGUGGUGGUGGCGCUGGGGAGCCUCGCCGCCUCGGCGUCCGCGCCGCCGCUGUCGAUGGCGAGAACGGCGCGGAGCUACGCGACCGCGUUCUUGCCGGUACCGUCGCCCGCGGUGUUCGGCGACGCGCCGCUGGUGGUGACGCGGCGCAGGAACUACUCCGCUCACGACAUGGCGGAGUUCCUCGCGGCGGUCGGCUUCUCCGACGAGGAGAUCGGCCUGUACCGUGCCAGGGCGCUGCCGGUGACGCUGGGCCUCGGGGCGCCGCGGGUGCCAACGACCGCCAUCAACGGCGUCGGUGUGGCGACGCCGGAGCAACUGGUGUACUGGGACGGCGACUUCAGCAAGGCGCCGGAGGUGGUGUACGGCGACGGGGACGGAGUUAUCAACUUGGCCAGCGCGCUGGCGCUGGACACGAUGAUCGGAGACAAUCCGGAGCAAAGUUUCUUCAAGUCCGUGAAGAUCGCCAAUGUGACACACGGAGGAAUGAUUACGGAGGAGCUCGCUCUCAAGCGUGUGAUUAGCGAGAUUCUUGAAGCCAACCGUGCCAACUACAGAAAAUAAUAACGAUCAAGGCGUUGAUGUGAACUACCGAGUGUCAAUAUUCCUUGCAUGGGUCAAGUAAUCGCCGGUAUGAUGUUUUGCGCAAUCUUAAUAUUAUUAUUACUGAUAAAAAGGCAACUACAUUGUAACAGGGCAUGAAUAAGUGAUUGGGUAAGAUGAA